CGUUAUUUGACUGGAGAUGAGAAGUAAUUCCACCGUUGUUUGGGGACCAGUGAACAACACAUGGCAAGACACUAUAGAAGUUGCAUUUGUGGCUGCCAAUUGUCUAGUUUUGCUGGUGACUUUACACGUAGGACUUCUCGCCAACUUGUUCGUGGCGUGGGCCGUGCACCACCAGAAGUCUCUCCAGACGUCGAACAACGCGCUCCUGGUGAAUCUGGCCGUCAUUGACAUCCUGCGAUGCGCCAUCGACUGCCCGUUGCUCCUCAGCAUUGUUUUGAGCGCUCGCGACGCGGCGCGAGACCUCGGACUGGUUUUCUGCAGCGCGCAGAUCGCGUCGUUUUCUCUCAUCUGUUGCGUCCAGUUGCUCACGCUGGCGUGCAUCAGCGCCGAGCGAUAUCAAGCCAUUGCGCAUCCGUUUAAAAGCGCCGAGAGCAGAAAACGGGUAACAGUGUGGAUUCUCUUGACCUGGCUGGCUCCAAUCUCCAUAUCGGUCAUUUGCGUGAUAUUUGCGAAAGACUCGCCGGUGUACAUAAGAUGCAGAGGCUUGCGGAUGGAGACUUUCGACUCUUACGACACUUUUGGACUUUAUAUUUUGACUCCCGUCUGGUGCGUUUGUUUGACGGUCAUCGUUGGAUUCUACGGCCGCAUUUUCCUGUUGGUAAGAGCGCACGGUCGGAAAAUAUUCGAUAAGGGUUCACUUCCACCACCUGGUAAAAUUAAAGAGGAUAAAAAGCAAAAACAGGAGGAAACAAAGAAUAGUAUUAAACAUGAGACAGAAAAUACACAGACAAUGGAUACUGGUCAUUUAAAACCCAAUGAAAAAGAGCCGUCUGGAGAAAAUAUCCAACAAUAUUUACAUCCAACAUCUGAGGAACUUCCCACAACAACUGUGACUGACUAUUUAGAUAUAAAUGAACCAGAGAUCGUGACUGAAAAAUCCAUGAAUGAACUUCCCAAUGAAACACCACAGGUUCUAGAAGGUAUUGUGGAACCACCACAGGUUCUAGAAGGUAUUGUGGAACCAAACGACCACCAAGAUACUUCUCCAUCGGCCAAUGAAGAAGUUGGUGCUGUAGAGUCAAGCAAAGUUACUGAUGGAGAAGUUUCUGGAGGAUCAACUAAUGGAGAAGAGGGUGAUGAUGAAGACCCAAUUGACCAUCGAGAUAAAACUUCAGAAACUUCUCCAUCAACUAAUGAAGAUGGUACUGUUGAGACAAGCGCUCCACAAGAUAUUACUGAAACUUCUCCAGCAUCAGGAAAUGGAGAAGGUGCUGAAGAGCAAAGCGCUCCUCAAGAAACCACUGCAGCAUCAACUGGAGAAACCACAGCUGCUCCACAGGAGGAGGAGGAGGAGGCGGUGGGUGCUGUCUGUAUGAUGCCGUGUCUCGCUCAGAGAGAAAGAGGAAACGCCAAGAAGGAGAGCAAACUGGCCAAGCGCUCCGGAUACAUCAUCUUCACCUUCCUCAUAUUUUGGAUCCCGCUAAUUGCGACAGUGGUCUUGAAUCACUUCUAUUACCGUGAUGGCAAUCUAACAGUGAGUUGA